GAGCGCAGGGAGCCGAGGACGAGGGCGGACGGAGCGCAGUUUGUCCCGGAGAGCGAUAGAAAACCAGGGAAACGCGAGCGGAGAAGCAGAACCCCGUGCGCAAAAGUGGACCAACAGCCAAAACCUACGCCUGGAUGUGCUCUUAAAAGGAUUUACACUUAUUUACGCACUGGGCUUUUGAAUGGAUUACCAGAGGAAUAUAACAUUGUGGAGUGGCCGAUUCAUGAGUGGAUUUUCAAGGUAACAUCUCGUGCUGAGAACCAGGUUGUGGAGACAGCGCCGCCAUGGGCCAGAGGACUGUGCUCGUGCUCACUGCUCUGCUGCUGCUGGGCACUGGCUCCAUCGCUGCGGUCAGCUUCCCCGAGGACACGCCCGCUCUGGACGUGGUCGACACUCACUUUUCUCGCCGGUAUCCCGUCUUCAGAGGCAGGCCCUCAGGAAACGAGUCCCAGCAUCGGCUCGACUUCCAGCUCAUGACCAAGAUCCAGGACACGCUGUUCAUCGCUGGCAGAGAUCAGGUGUACCUCGUCAGUUUGCGAGAGAGCUACAGGAAUGAGAUCAUCCCAUACCGGAAGCUAACAUGGCGGUCUGGACAAUCGGACAGAAACAUGUGCGCUGUGCGAGGGAAGCACAGGGACGAGUGUCACAACUUCAUCAAAGUCCUUGUCCCUCGAAACGACGACUUGGUUUUCAUCUGCGGCACCAACGGCUUCAACCCGAUGUGUCGCUACUACAGGCUGGAUAACCUUGAAUUCGACGGGGAGGAGAUCAAUGGCCUGGCGCGCUGCCCGUUCGACUCCAAGCAAACUAAUGUAGCCCUGUUUGCCGAGGGGAAGCUGUAUUCUGCCACAGUUGCAGACUUCCAGGCGAGUGAUUCCGUCAUCUAUCGGAGCAUGGGAGAUGGAUCGGCUCUGAGGACUAUUAAAUAUGACUCCAAAUGGCUGAAAGAGCCCCAUUUCUUGCACGCAGCAGAAUACGGGAAUUAUGUGUACUUUUUCUACCGCGAGAUUGCAGUGGAGCACAGCAAUCUCGGCAAGGUCGUGUAUUCGCGAGUGGCCCGCAUCUGUAAGAACGACGUCGGGGGGUCGCAGCGGGUUUUGGAAAAGCACUGGACGUCAUUCGUAAAAGCCCGACUCAACUGCUCCGUCCCGGGAGAGUCGUUCUUCUACUUCGACGUGCUCCAGUCCAUCACUGACAUCAUCGACAUCAACGGGGUCCCAUCUGUGGUCGGGGUCUUCACCACCCAGAUGAACAGUAUCCCGGGUUCAGCUGUCUGUGCCUUUUCCAUGGCCGAUAUCGAGAAAGUCUUUAUGGGACGAUUCAAAGAGCAGAAAACUCCUGAUUCUGUCUGGACCCCGUUCCCAGAUGAAAAACUCCCUAAACCACGGCCCGGGUGCUGCGCGGGGCAGGGUCCAGCUGCGUCUCUAAAGAGCUCCGUGGAGUUUCCGGAUGAGACGCUGCAGUUUAUCAAAUCCCACCCGCUCAUGGAUACGGCCGUGCCCUCCAUCCGGGACGAGCCCUGGUUCACCAAGACCAGAGUCAGGUACAGAAUGACGGCGUUGGCUGUGGACAAUGAGGCCGGACCCUUUAAGAACUACACCGUGGUCUUCAUCGGGUCCGAGUCCGGGAUCCUGCUCAAAGUCCUGGCCAAGACAUCCUCCUCCUCACUGAACGACAGCGUCCUACUGGAGGAGAUCGACGUCUUCAACAAGGCCAAGUGCCUGUCGAACCGGGAGGACAACAAGCGCGUGUUGUCCCUGCAUUUGGACAAAGACACUCACAGUCUGUAUGUGGCGUUCUCCAGCUGCGUGAUCCGCCUGCCCCUGAGCCGCUGUGAGAGGCACUCGCACUGCCAAAAGGCAUGCAUCGCUUCCAGGGAUCCAUAUUGUGGGUGGAAGGCUACUGGAGCUUGCGAGAGGAUUCCGCCUGGUGUUGCAAAUGGCUUUGAGCAAGAUGUUGAACUUGGAAACACUGCUCAUUUGGGAGACUGUCAAGCAUUUUUGGGCACUACGUCUGCUCCAGAUUACAAAUCAUUUGGCGAUCCUACCUCUGACAUGGAGUUGUCCCCCAUGCCCGUCACAGGGCGCCCCCGCGGAGGGCGUAUUCUGCCCCCCAUAGACAUGCCCACUCAGACCCCCAGCACUGUGCCCACCCCAGAGCUGUACGACCAGGGCUUUGUGCUGCAGGACGACCCCUCCACGUCCAAUUCUUUAGGCUCAAAAGGGGAAGAGGGUAUAUGGGACAUUCAGGCAGGGGACACGAACCAGAUGGUGCACAUGAACAUCCUGAUCACAUGUGUGUUUGCUGCCUUCCUGAUCGGAGCGCUCAUGGCCGGACUCUUUGUCUUUUGUUACCGAGAUUCGUUCCUGCGAAAGCCAAGACAGAUUCACAAGGACCCAGAGUCUGUGCCCUCCAGCUCCGACUCAGCCGGGAGCUUUGUCAAACUCAAUGGACUGUUCGACAGCCCUGUUAAGGAGUAUCAGGCCAACAUGGAGUGCCCUAAGCUCUACACCAACCUCCUGAGCAAAGACCUGAAUGCACCAGGACCUGACACAAAGACCAUGAUCCUCAGAGGUGGAUGUCAGCCACCGGAGCUCGCUGCCCUGCCCACCCCCGAGUCCACCCCUGUGCUGCAGCAGAAGGGUCUGCAGCCCAUCAAGAACCAGUGGGAACGGGCUCACGGGAAGGUGUCCCGGAAGGAGUCCAACUCGGCCCCCAAGAGUCCCCAGUUCCUGCCUUCAUCUCCGGCCCAUCACACUCCUCUGGCCCUGGGGCACUCACACAUCCCCAGUGCUGUGGUGCUGCCCAACGCCACACAUGAGCAGCCCAGCAUGGACUCGACCGAAGACGACACGCUGCCGCGGACGUCCGAGAGGAAGAAAAAUCCAGAGUCCAAACGCAGCCAUAAGGACCCCAAGAGGUCUGUGGACGCCAGGAACACGCUUAAUGACCUUUUAAAGCACCUGAACGACUCCGUGGCCAACCCCAACGCCAUCAUCCAAGAGGAGAGCGGGCCCCGCCCCCGACAGCACCUCACACUGGAGCCUAUGGAGGAACUGACUGAAAUACCCCCCAAGGUCCCCAGCCGUGAGGCGUCCCUCUACUCCCCCUCCUCCUCGCUGCCCCGGCACAGUCCCACCAAGAGGGUGGAUGUGCCCAUUCCCCCCUCCCCCACCAGCCCCACGGGCAGCCUGAGCAUGGGGGGCACACUGGAGCGGCCCAGGUACCAGCUCCACCGGAGUGCCUCUCAUCGAGCGUCCCUGUCCACCUCCCCGAACGGGGUAACAAUGGGGGUAUCCGUCACCCGCCAACACAGUAUGAACAGAGGGUACAUGCCCCCCACCCCUCCCUCCAGACUGGACUCUCACUUGGGGCCAGGGGGUCACCCGCCCUCUGUGUCCCGACAGAGCAGCUACAGUGGGCACGGGUCUCUGCCCAGGACAGGACUGAAACGGACCCCAUCCCUAAAGCCGGAUGUGCCCCCCAAACCCAAUGGGUUCUCUCCACAGACUCCUCAGAUGCGAGUGGUGAACAAAUACAGUUAUUAGACUAAGCACUGACUAAAGAGCAGCUCUCAGCUGGACUACUGUAGAGCUUUGAGCCCUUAAAGGGAAGGGCGCUGGAUGGGAUGGGGUACGGCCCACUGUGGUUUGAGCUGGAGGUGUGUUCCCCUUUAAUGAUAUGCACAUUCACUCAUGACAAAAGGGAAAAUCACACACGGCCAAAGAUACUCCCCGGAGGUCCCAUCUCUGCCCUCGUCACGGUAACCACAGAAUAUUAAGUGGACAUUAGUGAAUCUACUUUUGUAUUUUGGCUCGACCGUCCCAGUCCAAGGUAAAGGCUGCCUCACAGAGAGGAGCCUCUGCGCGCGGGGUCGAAGCAGAGGAAUACUUGAAGAAUGGGUCUCAUUUGUCACUGCCCUUGAGCACUGUCUUCCCACUAAUGUGAACUGAACAGAAACGCGCUGGCCUAAGCCUUUGUAAGUGAGACAGCCGGGGCAGAGGAGAGAGCAGUCAAUAAUCAAAGUGUGCGUGCUGCCUGAUACAGUGUGUUUGUCAAAUUAAUGUCCGUAGAGAACAGUGUAGCUGAUUUUGUGAGUGAAUGAGCGCGUGUUUUUACUCAGAUCCUUUAUUAUGGAGUGAUUUCAGACUUACCCCCAUGGUAUUCAAUAUAUGUGCUUACUUUCAGUGUUAAAAGUGCCAUCAUAACUUUCAAGUCAUUGUGAUAAAAACAAAGCCUAUAUAUGAUUCUUUAAUACAUUCAUUUGCCACUCAGACGCCACGUUCAGCUGCCUGUUUGUAACCACACACAACCACACGAGGAACUCCAGAGACUCACCCACUGUGCUAGCCAAUAAUCGUUUUUAAUUUUGUAUGCAUUGCUUCAGUGACCAAAUACGGGAACAGUACUGGCUUUGGUCUGUCAUCUGUCCCUACUGAAGGAUCUGCCGUUUGUGUGGUGAAUGAAUAGGUUUGUGUAAAGACAUUUGGCCUUCACUUAAAGAACGGUGCCACAUGCUGAAGAAGCACCUUAUGUCCAUCAGUUAUCACAAACACUGGGAUCUCAACUGCGUUUUUUUUGUUUUUGUUUUUUUCUGUUUCAACCGAUGCCUAAACCAUAUUUUGUGUCAUUUUGUAGUGUUUAGGUGACUUUAGUUUAGGCUGAGGAGACUGUGGGAGAGGAGCUCUGACUCACUGGGAAAUAUACUUACAUUUAUCUUACAUUUGCUGCUAUUGGUUUUUAGAUAGCUGUUGGUCAUGUGGUUUCAAGUCUCUUGAUGCUCAUUUCAAAUCUACCAGAACAAAGAUGGCUCCUGAUAGCGGGGUGCAGUCUGCUUGUGAGUUUGAGUGUUGAGUUUGAUCACAGACAGAGGCCAAGCGACAAAACGUACUGUAAAGACGAGCAUUUCUUGUCUCGUUUAGGAGUGAAACUGGUGGCUCAAGAGACGACUUUAUGUAGCAAUGGUAUUACAAGGAUCAUGUGUGUCUCAUCUCAUCUGCAUUAUGAACAAAAUGGAUAUGCCUUUUGUAAUGUUUUGUUUAAAGGGACUAUAUGUAGACUUGUCGGGUUAAAAAAGCAGUUAUUUGGCAGUAUUAAACCAAACAAGGUCCUAUGUUAGAGCAUUUCAGUGCCACAGUAUGCCACAAAAACACAA